AAUGUAAUUUCCACUGAUUGCUCUUUUAGAAAUGCUGCAGAUCAAUGUCAUUACACAAUGUUGUUCAGAAUGUGUGGGAAUCGCUAGGUCACUCAUUCUUCAGCUCAUGCAGGGGGCGGAUUUUACAUCACAACUGUGUCAAAGCUUGCACAAGUUUGCAUAAUUUAGUGCUGCAACUAGUGUCUACUCUUAGAUGA